AGACAGCUAUAGCGUAUCGCUCACAAUGCACAUGCUAGUGGAGCGAUCGCGUUCCUUUUGGGGGAACUGGUAUGGCGGACAAUAGAACUCGCGGGCUUCAAACAAAGGACCCUCCCCGCAUAUCCAGUUAGUGGAGAGAUCAGUGCUUUUAACAGCAGAGCUCAUCAAAACGUUCAAGAUGGCGUCUAGAUAUGGUGUUAUGUUCCUGCUCGCUUUCUUGCUUGGAGUAUCUUUCAACUCUGUAGAGGGUCGACCAAUCUUUCCCAAUAUAAAGACAGUGACUAAUCUCAACAUUGACAAUUAUGUCGGAAGGUGGUACGAGAUGUACUCUGACCUUGUAGUGAAGGCCACAUUUGAAAGGAAUUCAUAUUGCACAACAGCCACAUAUGGGAAAAUUAACGAUACUGCUGUGACAGUUUUCAAUUCUGGUCGCCUUGGUUCUCCAACUGGCCAGCCAUCUGAGAUACGUGGCAUGGCAUAUGUUGCUGACGCAGCUGAACCCGGUCAACUCAAGUUGAAGUUCCCUAAUAUACCUCUUGGAGAUUAUUGGGUAAUCGCACUGGGCCCAGUGGAGGACAACAAAUACCAGUACGCGGUGGUGACCGAGCCUUUGAUGCUACAGUUAUUCAUUCUCGCCCGAGACCCUGACGAGUUCCGCCAGAAAUACGAGGAUGAAGUCCUCGACAUUGUGAAGGAUGCAGGGUUUACAAAAUUCUACAACGAACCCAGAAAGACCGUGCAAGUACCCGACUGCAUUUACCCGCCAUCGAGCAAAUUCGUUUAUGAAAAUUAAUUCAAUUGUCAUACUUAGAUGGAGAUUACAACUGGAGAACAUUUUUGUUACUGGUUGAUAUCUCAUCAUCAUCACUACCAUGAUUUUAUGGGCAAUAUUUCCAGGAAUAUUUUAGUCGUUUCAUCAGUUGGACGAUUGAGAGUGCCGAGAAAAUAGCAUUGUAAUCGGAUUGUUAAGAAUAUAAUUGUCUUUGUAAGUCUAUUUUGGUUGUGCAGAGAGGGUAUCUUAUUCUUGUGUUGAGAUCAAAAGUUUAAUAAUUUGUUAUUUUCAACCAACACAGAUGAACUUUCAUGAAUGUAUCUUAUUUUUGUAUUAAUUUAUAUAGUACAAUGCGGGGUACAAUGUCAGAAUCCAGUGAACGCAAAAUCCAUAAUUUGGGGUAUCUACGCCCUUCAUACUAUUUUGUUUCAAUGGGACAUAUUCUUAUAUCUAUCCACAACUGAACUCCCCGUCGUUUUUUUUUUCACAACAGGCAAAAUGCCAUUGAUAUAUAGUUUUUUUGUUUUUGUUUUUUUUUACAUUAGUUAACCUUUGAUAAUUUUCCCACUUGACAGUUUUAAUGCAUUAAUAUAUUGCUGCCUUAUUUAGAUUUAAACCUAGAGCAGUUGACAAUUAAAGACGAAACAACACAAUGGUUUUUAUCUAGGUUCUUAAUCUGUAAUCGUUACUUCCCUUUGAUGUUUCUAAUAAAUAUGUAUGAAAUUAUUACCAAACCAA